UAAACGGUUUGUACGAUGAAGGUUCUCUUCGCUAUCGGGAUUUGCCUAGUGACCUUGGCGUCUGCGACACCGAUCAACGAACCAAAGGUUUUGAAGGUCGAGGACGAUCCGAUCGCAUACUUUAAGGAAGAAAUAGUCUCCUUUUUGGACGAUUUUCUAGAGAAGGACGAACACGAAAUUGGCGAUGACGUCAAAGUGACAAAGAACUCCUACCGUUCGACCGAAGUGACCAGCAGGAGCGGCGGAGAUUACGAAGAUAAAAUCGAAAACUACAUCAAAAGUCACGACGUGACCUUCAACCUUCCGGUUGUCGGCUCCGUUACCAUGGGAGCGAGAAAUCUGGAUGGCGACGAAUUGGAUUUUAAGUUUAAUUUCGGUGGUGUCGAAGAAGCCAGGAAAUCCAAGUUGAAGAAAAUCUUCAUCCCCAUCUUGGUGUUCGUUUUGCUGAAGGCCAUUACGUUGGUUCCCCUAGCGCUGGGUAUCCUCAGUCUCAAAGCCUGGAACGCGUUGCAGCUGUCGUUCUUUUCGUUCGUAAUAUCGGUGGGACUCGCCAUAUUCCAAUUAUGCAAGAAGAUCGCAGCUGAUAGUGCCGCACCUCAAAUUGCAGCUCACGCUCCUUGGGAACCCGCGCAGCAGUACUACGCAGCGAGGUCUUUAGACGCGCAGGAUUUGGCUUACUCGGCGUACGGGCAGUAGACUGUUGAUAAAUUUUCGAUGUAAAUAAUUAAUUUAUUAAAUUGUUUUGCUUUAAU